AGCAUUUUCCUCUUUCCUUCUAAAUAAUAAAUAUAUGAAUGCUUUUUAAACCUCACCCGUAUAAUUCCCACUCAUUAUCCUUGUUGCUUAAAGCUCCUUCCCCUCAUCAAUUUUGAAGCAAAUUAAAUCCCUCUGCCUUCUACACAAGAGAGAAACCAAAUCACAACCUCCUACUUCCUAUACCCACUGCUCAUGACAACAGACCCACCAUACACUUCCAUACAAAUUCAACUUUAAUCUUAUUCCUCUUAUGCGAUCAUGGAAGGUGGUGAUGAUCUCCACCACCACCACCACCACCACCGUCCCAACUUCCCAUUUCAGCUCCUCGAGAAGAAGGAAGAUUACCAGGAGGCUGCUUCUUGUUCUACCUCUUCCUCUUACCCUUCUCUAGCCAUCGCCGCCGAACCCGCCGCCUCCAAUUCCAACCGAUCCAACCAGGUCCUCAACGUCGUCCCUCCCACCUCUUCCUCCUCCGAACCCUCCAAUAAGAAGCCCCCGCCUAAGAGAACUUCCACCAAGGACCGCCACACCAAGGUCGACGGUCGCGGCCGCCGUAUCCGAAUGCCGGCCCUGUGUGCCGCUCGCGUUUUCCAGCUCACCCGCGAGCUCGGCCAUAAGUCCGACGGGGAGACCAUCGAGUGGCUGCUCCAACAGGCCGAGCCCGCGGUCAUCGCGGCUACGGGCACUGGAACGAUCCCGGCUAAUUUCACUUCCCUUAAUAUCUCUCUGAGAAGCUCCGGCUCCACCAUGUCGGUCCCUUCUCAGCUCAGAUCGUCUUACUUCAAUCCCAACUUCUCCGUUCAGCAGCGGAGGAGCUUCUUCCCCGGAAUCGGCUUGUCUUCCGAUGGUAAUAACACUUCAACGCUUCUGAAUUUUCAGUCUAAUAGUUUCUCCGGCGGCAGCAUGUUGCAAGCAAAGCAGGAAUUGCGCGGAGGCGAGGGAGGUGUUCCUUCCUCCUCGACAACAACCUUGGAUUUGACGGAAGCGGAAGAAGGCAUGGCAAGGAAAAGGCGACCGACGGAGCAAGAGUUGUCGCCGUCUACGUCGGCGCAGCAAUAUCAAAUGGGAAGUUAUUUGUUGCAAUCGAGCGCUGGUGCGAUUUCGACGAGCCACGCGCAGAUUCCGGCAAAUAUAUGGAUGGUGACGAAUUCGAAUAAUCAAGUCAUGAGCGGGGAUCCCAUAUGGACAUUCCCUUCGGUGAAUAAUAGUGCUUUGUAUAGAGGCGCUAGCAUGUCCAGCGGCUUGCAUUUUAUGAACUUCCCCACUCCCAUGGCCUUGUUGCCCGGUCAACAGUUAGGGUCGUCCGGGAUUGGUGGCGGCGGAGCUGGGAAUUUAAACGAAGGACAUUUGAACAUGCUUGCCGGGAUCAACCCGUACCGGCAGAUGAGUGGUGUUUCGGAGUCUCAGGCGAGUGGGUCUCAAUCCCAUCAUGGUGGUGGUGGAGGCGGCGGCGGCGAUGAUCGACACGAUACCGCCAGUCACCGCUCCUAGAGGAUUAUGGGAUCAAUUUGCUGGGGGUAGUAGAGUUUGAUGUGUGUUAACACACGUGAGGUUUGAUUUGCUCUUCAAAAUUGAGUUUUAUUUAUUCCAAAAUUAAUUUUUUGGUGUGAUUAUUAUUUUGGAAGAGAAUGAAGACGAGAAGAGAGGGUUUUUAGGGUUUGGACGAUGAAUGAAUGACACUCUUUAACAA